AUGGAAGACGUCGAAAUAAUAGCGGCAUCAACGCUUGCCUUAAUAAAUAUUUAUCGAUGCUUGACCAUUUUCAAAAGAAGGAAAUUAAAAAAAAGACGUCGUCGAAGAAGAAGAUGGUGGAUAAUAUCUAUUCAUCGAAACAGAACCUUGCAAAGUAUGGAAAAUAUGUUUCAAGAAAUGCUAAAUGAAGACUGUGGAGAGUUUCGCAAUUUUUGUAGAAUGUCACCAACUGAUUUUGAAUUUCUCUUAAAGAAAGUAGAACCUUUGAUUACCAAACAAAAUACUAGACUGAGACUAUCCAUCCCAGCAAAAGUUCGUUUGGCUAUAACUUUACGAUUUUUAGCUACAGGUGAUAGCUACAAAAGUCUUCACUUCUUAUUCAAGAUGUCAUGUUCAGCCAUAUCAAUAAUAGUGCAUGAAGUCUGCAAUGCUAUUAACAUAGUAUUAAAGAAUGAGAUAAAGAUGCCACAAAAUGCAGAAGAAUGGUUAGCCAUAGAAAUGGGAUUCAAGAGAAAAUUUCCACAUUGUGUGGGUUGUAUUGACGGCAAACAUAUUGUGAUACAAUGUCCACCCAAAAGUGGCUCCGAAUAUUACAAUUACAAAGGGACAUUUAGUUUUGUGCUUUUAGCUUUAGUUGAUAGCGAUUACUGUUUUAUAUUUGCUGAUGUCGGGGCUCAAGGAAAAAUAAGCGAUGGCGGUGUAUUUCAAAAUAGUGCACUUUGGGAAAAAAUUUGCUCGCAAACAAUUAAUUUGCCACAUGAUAGCCCACUGCCUGGCAGGCAAUGUAAUGUACCAUACGUUUUUCUUGGAGAUGGGGCAUUUGCAUUGAGCAAGCACGUAAUGAAACCAUAUCCAGGAAACCAUAACAUUGGUUCACUUCAACGGACGUUUAACCAACAAUUAUCUAGUACACGUGUUAUUGUGGAGAAUGUAUUUGGUGUACUAACCUCAGUUUUUAGAAUAUUUAAAAAACCCAUGGAAGUACAAAAGGACAGGGCCAUAUUAAUUACCAUGACCUGCGUUUUGUUACACAAUUUUCUUAGGAACAGUAAAACAUCUAGGAUCAUUUAUACGCCUCCUGGAACUUUCGACACCAUUAUUGACGGUGUCUUAAUUAAAGAAGGGCCAUGGAGGCAAAAUCAGCCUUCAAAUUCAGGUGUACGACUCAUACAAAUUGUGGGUAGACGUGAAUCACAAAACGCCAUUGAUUUAAGAACUGAAUUCGCUACCUACUUUAUUCAAAAUAAUAGAAUUAAUUAA